UGGGUGGGGCAGCUGCGCUUGCAGGACGGUCCUCGGAUCGCCUAGAGCCGGGGCCACCCCGGGGGCGCGCCGAGCCGCACCUGAGCCUCAGGGGGAAACCGAGGCCAGCGCUGCGCCGCGCCUGGCCACAGGCUCAGGAGCCUGGUGAUCUCAGCCUCUCCAAGCCCCGCAGGCCGGGAUCGGCCGGCCGCCACCCGCUCCCCGGAGCCCUUCGUCCCAACUCUUGGGAAAGUUCUCGGCCCGACCGAACCUGCCGCCGUCAGCCGCGCCCCUGCGCGCGGGACCUGAUCUUGAACUCGCCGGCGCGCACCCGGGGUCCACCUUGCGCCGCCCCGCGCGCAGGCGACUAGCAGCUGCCGGGAAACCCUAUGAACUCUCCAGAAAGGGCGUGACGAAGGGUCCUGCCGGGCGCGGUCCAGAAAGCCCCGGUCCCUUUCAGUGGAGCUAGCAGGCAGCAAAGCAGAGGAGGGCUGGAGGAUGAACGUGCGGCCUCUGGGAACCUCCACACGGUAAUGCCAGCAUGAUGUUUGACACGCGCGGGAGGAGGUGCUGCCAUUGGAGACUGAAGCCAAGCACCCUGCUGUUCUUGGUUGUUUUAAGUGUUACCUGUGUUCCUCUCUCAGUGUGGGGAUGUGGCAACUGCAGACUUGUCCUGUCCAGUCCUUCUGGUACCUUUACCUCUCCAUGUUACCCUAAUGACUACCCUAACACCCAGUCUUGCUCGUGGACCCUCCGAGCCCCUACCGGCUACAUCAUUCAGAUAACGUUCAAUGACUUCGACAUUGAAGAAGCUCCCAACUGCAUCUAUGACUCACUUUCCCUUGAUAAUGGAGAGAGCCAGACUAAAUUCUGUGGAGCAACUGCCAAAGGCCUGUCAUUUAACUCAAGCGUGAAUGAGAUGCAUGUGUCUUUUUCAAGUGACUUUAGUAUCCAGAAGAAAGGCUUCAACGCCAGCUACAUCAGAGUUGCUGUGUCCUUGAGGAAUCAAAAGGUCAUUUUGCCCCAGACAUUAGAUGCUUACCAGGUAUCAGUUGCAAAAAGUGUCUCCAUUCCAGAGCUCAAAGCUUUCACGCUCUGUUUUGAAGCCUCCAAAGUUGGCAAUGAAGACGAUGACUGGACAGCUUUCUCCUACUCAGAUGAGUCCCUUACACAGUUGCUCAGUCUUGAAAAGGCCAACAAUGGCUACUUCCUGUCCAUUUCUGGCUCAAGAUGCUUGCUGAACAGUGCAUUACCUGUGAAGGAAAAAGAGGACAUCUUCACAGAAAACUUUGAGCAGCUCUGUCUUGUGUGGAAUAAUUCUUGGGGCUCCGUUGGUGUAAAUUUCAAAAAGAACUAUGAAACAGUUACAUGCGAUUCUACCAUCAAUACUGUCGUGCCUGGGGAUGGGGCAUUGCUGUUGGGCUCUGACAGAGAUGAGAUUGCCUCUCUGAAGGGCAGCAUCUAUAACUUUCGACUUUGGAAUUUUACCAUGGAUCUGAAAGCCCUGUCCAACCUCAGCUGUAGUAUGUCUGGGAAUGUCAUAGACUGGCACAAUGACUUUUGGAGCAUCUCAACCCAGGCUCUGAAAGCCGAGAGCAACCUGAGCUGUGGUUCCUACCUGAUCCCACUUCCUGCAGCAGAGCUGACGAACUGUUCCGAUCUGGGGACUCUCUGUCAAGCUACUGUAAACCCUCCUACCACUCCACCACCCACUGUCUCCACUAAUAUCCCCGUUACUAACAGAGUCCAUAAGCAAAAGAAUGAUGGAAUCAUGUAUCGAAUAUCUGUUGUGAUUCACAAUGACUUUAAUCACCCUGAAGUAAAAGUGCAGGCCAAGGUGGCAGAAUGGCUCAAUUCAACCUUUCAGAAUUGGAACUACACUGUUUACGUGGUUAAUAUAAGUUUUCACCAAGACAUAGCAGAGGACAGGAUGAAAGUCAAGAGAGACAUCAUGGAUGACGACAAAAGGUUGGUGCUCUGGGCCCUCCUAGUCUACAAUGCUACCAAUAACGUCAACCUGGAUGGAGUGAUGAUUGAACAAAAGCUUUUAACGAACAAUGCAUCGCUAGAGGAUGGCCUGAGGCUGUGCAAAGUCGAUGUGAACCAGCUGGGCACGUGUAGCGCCUUGGAGGAUCCAGAGAAUUCUAGGUGGCCAGCCAUCUUACCCUCUGUCUACAAACAACCAUGUCCAAACAAGCCUGGCUUUUUUAUGACGCGGGCAUGCCUUUCUAAUGGAACAUCAACCUUCUGGGGUCCCAUUGAUGCUUCCAACUGUUCAAGACAGUCAAAUGAAGUGGCAAAUGAGAUAUUAGACCUAACAGGUGAUGGACAGAACCUAACCUCGGCUAACAUCAACAGCAUUGUAGAACAGGUCAAACGGAUUGUGAACAAAGAAGAAAACAUUGACAUAUCCCUCGGCUCCACUCUAAUGAAUAUAUUUUCUAAUAUCUUAAGCAGUUCAGAUAGUGAUUUGCUUGAGUCUUCUACUGAAGCUUUAAAAACAAUUGAUGAGCUAGCCUUUAAAAUAGACCUGAAUAGUACCCCACACGUGAAUAUUGAGACACAGAAUUUGGCCCUUGGAGUCUCAUCCCUGAUGCCAGGAACAAAUGCACCUUCAAAUUUUAGCAUUGGCCUUCCCAGCAAUAAUGAAUCCUAUUUCCAGAUGGACUUCGAGAACGGACAGGCAGAUCCACUGGCAUCUGUGAUUUUGCCUCCAAAUUUGCUUGAGAAUUUAAGUCCUGAGGAUUCUGUAUUGGUCAGAAGAGCACAGUUUACUUUCUUCAACAAAACUGGACUUUUCCAGGAUGUUGGCUCUCAAAGAAAAAUCCUAGUGAGCUAUGUGAUGGCGUGUAGCAUUGGAAACAUUACUAUCCAGAAUCUGAAAGAUCCUGUUCAAAUUAAAAUCAAACACACCAGAACACAGGAAGUGCAUCAUCCUAUCUGUGCCUUCUGGGAUCUGAACAAAAACAAAAGUUUCGGGGGAUGGAACACGUCUGGAUGCGUUGCCCACUCUGAUUCGGACACUGGUGAGACUGUCUGUCUGUGCAACCACUUCACUCACUUUGGAGUUCUGAUGGAUCUUCCAAGGAGUGCCUCACAAAUGGAUGGACGAAACACAAAAGUCCUCACGUUCAUUACCUAUAUUGGGUGUGGAAUAUCUGCCAUUUUCUCAGCUGCCACUCUCCUAACAUAUGUUGCUUUUGAGAAGCUGCGCAGGGAUUAUCCCUCCAAAAUCCUGAUGAACCUGAGUUCAGCCCUGCUCUUCUUGAACCUCAUCUUCCUCCUGGACGGCUGGAUCACUUCCUUUGGUGUGGCUGGACUCUGCACGGCUGUGGCUGCCCUGUUGCACUUCUUCCUCCUGGCUACUUUCACCUGGAUGGGGCUGGAAGCCAUUCACAUGUACAUUGCUCUUGUGAAAGUGUUUAACACUUACAUUCACCGGUACAUUCUAAAAUUCUGCAUCAUUGGCUGGGGUCUGCCAGCCUUGGUGGUGUCAAUUAUUCUAGUGAGCAGAAGACAAAAUGAAGUGUAUGGAAAAGAAAGUUAUGGGAAAGAUCAGGAUGAUGAAUUCUGCUGGAUUCAGGACCCCGUGGUAUUUUAUGUGAGCUGUGCUGGGUACUUUGGAGUCAUGUUCUUCCUGAAUGUUGCCAUGUUCAUUGUGGUCAUGGUACAGAUCUGUGGGAGGAAUGGAAAGAGAAGCAACCGGACCCUGAGAGAAGAGGUUUUAAGAAACCUGCGUAGUGUGGUCAGCCUGACCUUCCUGCUGGGCAUGACAUGGGGUUUUGCUUUCUUUGCCUGGGGACCCUUAAAUAUUCCUUUCAUGUACCUCUUCUCCAUCUUCAAUUCUUUACAAGGUUUAUUUAUAUUCAUCUUCCACUGUGCAAUGAAGGAGAAUGUUCAGAAGCAGUGGCGGCGUCAUCUCUGCUGCGGCAGAUUUCGGCUAGCAGACAACUCGGAUUGGAGUAAGACAGCUACCAAUAUCAUCAAGAAGAGCUCCGAUAACCUGGGGAAAUCUUUAUCUUCAAGCUCCAUUGGCUCCAAUUCAACAUAUCUCACAUCCAAAUCAAAAUCCAGCUCCACUACCUAUUUUAAAAGAAACAGUCACUCGGACAGCACUUCCAUGGACAAGUCCCUGUCAAAACUGACCCAUGCUGGUGGAGAACAGACAUCAAUCAUCCCUGUCCAUCAGGUUAUUGAUAAGGUCAAGGGUUACUGUAACACUCAUUCUGAUAACUUCUAUAAAAAUAUCAUCCUGUCAGAUGCCUUCAGCCACAGCACAAAGUUUUAAUGUCAUUGAGAGGGGAAACAAAGGGAAAAGAAAACCUGUCUGGAGAAAUGUGACACUCAACAAACAGUGAAAGCUACCUUCGGGGAAUGUCAGUGUGCUGCUCCCUAGGAAACUGCAGAGCUUGGAGGACUGACUGCGUCUUGUUAGGGAAGCAUCUGUGAGAUGCAGAGUUCAUCUGUUUUGGAAUGCUUCUAUGGACAAGCUCAGUCAUCACACUUCAGAACUGAGAACACUCUGAGCCCUGCAAGCAUACAGGACUUUCUAGAAUGUAAUUGAAUCAAACUCAUCAGGAUGAGGGGAAAGGCAUUAAAAUUAGAGGCCUUGAGAAGAAGAACCCCAAGGAAAAAUUCGAAUAUAUACCACACCUCAUAGUUAGGCUCAGAUGUGGCCUGAGUCUCACAAAGACAAUGUAGAAAACACACUAAUUACUGUUUGCAGUGAUUUUGGAUGCUCACGGGUUCUGUUCCAAAGCUAUUUUCUAUGAAUAUAGACGCAUCAUUUCCUUUUUCAGUGAAAUUUUAACCAUAAGUAGAAAAGAAUGUUUACUAUUUGACCCACAUAUUAAACAUGCUUUUUACUCUAUUAUGGCAAAUAUUGAAUGUUCAUGAACGUAACUUGCUAAACAGGUAUUUCAAAAAUUUGAUCUAGUCAAUAUGUUGUGUGAAUUUCUAAUAUCUCAAGACAUGCAGCUUAA